AAAAAAAAAAGAAAAAGGCGCGCUCUCUCACCUCUUCUCUCACAAUGCCCUAGAGUUCUCUCCGGCGUGGGAGACCACCGCUUGAUCGGAUCGAGUCUCCGGCAGCCUAGCCUCUCCGAUAUCCUCGCUUGUCUCGGAAUUCAGGUGAGCUCCUCCAUCCCUCACAUCUUUGAUCGGAGCCGCGGUGGUGCUGAGGGUUUUGGUGGUCGUAGUAGUGGUGGUGAUAGUGAGAUCAGAAGUCCUUCAGGCAGAGAGAUAUCUUCAGUAUGGGAGAUGCUGAUGGUAAAGGAGAUGGCGAGAUUCUCCAGACAUUAAGGUCGGUGGUGUUCAAGCAAUCUGAGGUCCUUGAUGAGCAGAAGUUUCAGAAGAUUCAAGGUUAUGAUUUCAAUCAUGGAGUCGACUUCAUGGGAAUUCUUGGAUCGAUGGCGUCCACUGGAUUCCAGGCAUCCAAUCUCGGCGAUGCCAUCGAUGUUGUGAACCAGAUGUUAAAUUGGAGAUUGUCUCAUGAGGCGAUAGCUGAAGAUUGCAGUGAAGAGGAGCGGGAUCCUGCGUAUAGAGAGUCUAUAAGAUGCAAAAUCUUUUUAGGGUUCACUUCGAACCUGGUAUCAUCUGGCAUUAGGGAUGUAAUCCGGUUUCUUGUUCAGCAUAAAAUGGUUGAUGUUUUAGUGACAACUGCUGGUGGCAUUGAAGAAGACAUUAUUAAAUGCCUAGCUCCAACAUACAGAGGUGAUUUUUCUCUGCCCGGUGCUACUUUGCGAUCCAAAGGAUUGAAUCGAAUUGGAAAUCUAUUGGUGCCUAAUGAGAAUUAUUGCAAAUUUGAGGAUUGGAUAAUUCCAAUUUUCGAUAAGAUGUUACAAGAACAGCAAACUGAGAAUGUGAUUUGGACACCAUCAAAAGUUAUUGCCCGUCUUGGGAAGGAAAUAAAUGAUGAAAGCUCUUACCUUUAUUGGGCACAAAAGAAUGGCAUUCCUGUCUUCUGCCCAGCAUUAACUGAUGGGUCGCUUGGGGACAUGCUGUACUUCCAUUCAUACCGGGGUCCUGGUUUAGUUAUUGAUAUUGUCCAAGAUAUAAGGGCGAUUAAUGGGGAAGCUGUACAUGCAAGCCCUAGAAAAACAGGUGUCAUAAUUCUUGGUGGAGGACUCCCGAAGCACCACAUCUGUAAUGCCAACAUGAUGCGCAAUGGUGCGGACUAUGCUGUUUACAUCAACACAGCUCAAGAAUUUGAUGGAAGUGAUUCAGGUGCACAGCCUGAUGAGGCUGUUUCCUGGGGAAAAAUAAGAGGUUCUGCUAAACCUGUAAAGAUUCAUUGUGAUGCAACCAUUGCAUUUCCUUUGCUGGUUGCUGCAACAUUUGCCAAGCAGUUGAAAGAAACAAAGGCCUUAAAAUUAUGAAUGAGGGCGGCAUUGUGCGCGGGUGACUUACUUUUGGUCCGAUAACUUAUCAUUGAUUAUAUCAUGAUACAUACAUGUCAUUAGGUGUUUGAUCUUACCUGUGGCUGACUGAGCAAUAGGAUUGUGAGCUUUGUUCUCAAAUGUUCAGAUUUCCCGCUUUUUUGGACCAUCUCCAAUAAGCAGAGCAGCUAUGAUGGCAAGUCCGGCAAUCAGGCUGGUACUUUGUUUCAUACCACAAGUUAUGUUUCUGCAAUUUCAACAUGUAACCUAUGUACAAUUACUCCAUAAUUUCUUGGCCAGGCGACUAAAUAUCAUCUUGUUGACCAGCAGCAUACUUUCUCCUCAA